GGCGCCAUUUCGUGGGGACGAAGGGACGGUGCGGGUCGGGCUCGGCGCGCGCUGGGGGGCGGCCCCAAUCCGCCUCCAUCCUCCACCGGGCGGGCCCAGCCCCCGCCUUCGCGCUCCCGGACGGCUCCACCGGACCCUCCCCGGCCUCCGUAGCGACCCCUGCCUGCGGCCGCCGGCACCGAUUCCUCUUCGGGGCCUACGAGCCAAGAUGGAGCCCUCCCGCUGAACCAUCCGCCUCCAUCCGCCCUCUGUCCGCCUUCCAUCCGCCUCGCACCGUCCUUCCGAGGAUCUAUCCGGUUCCUACCGGCUUUCCCGGCUCUAUAUCGGCGGCGUCGCGGCGGGUUCUGUGCGCAGCGGAGAGCAGGAAGGUCCCCCCUCUCCAUCCAGGCCCCGCCGCCAUUUUCUCCGCUGAUGUGAGGGCGCGCGGCGGGGCCCGGCCGGAGCCGCCGCCUCAUGCCCGGCCGAGGGCCGCUGCCUUAACGGGCGCUGCUCGGUGGGCAAAGUGGGGGGGACGUCGGAGGAGGCGGCGGCGGGAGGAGGAGGUGGAGGAGGAAGGCCGGGAGCCAGGGCCGGGCACGCAGCCGCCGGCAUGCUGCAGAAUGUGAAUCCCCAGAGCAAGAUUCUGGGGGAGGGAAAUGCCGGGCUUAUGGGUUUGGCGACGGAAUCGACCCCGGGCAAACGCAUCCGCAAACCCUCGCUGCUUUACGAGGGCUUCGAGAGCCCCACCAUGGCCUCGGUGCCGGCCCUACAGACCCCCCAGGCGAACCCCCCUCCGCCAGAGGUCUCGAACCCCAAAAAGCCCGGCCGGGUCACCAACCAGCUGCAGUACCUGCACAAAGUGGUGAUGAAAGCCCUGUGGAAGCACCAGUUCGCUUGGCCUUUCCGUCAGCCUGUCGACGCCGUCAAGCUGGGUCUGCCGGAUUACCACAAGAUCAUCAAGCAGCCCAUGGACAUGGGGACGAUCAAACGGCGCUUGGAGAACAACUACUACUGGGGGGCAGCUGAGUGCAUGCAGGACUUCAACACCAUGUUCACAAACUGCUAUAUCUAUAACAAGCCCACAGAUGACAUUGUGCUGAUGGCCCAAACCCUGGAGAAGAUCUUCCUGCAGAAGGUGGCCCAAAUGCCACCAGAAGAGCAGGAGAUCGUGGUCCCAGUGGCCAAAAACAGCCACAAGAAGGGAGCGUCGCGGGCAGCAGCGCUCCUGGCAGGCCUCACAGCGGCUCAGCAAGUGCCAGCUGUCUCCUCUGUGUCCCACACUGCUGUGUACACCCCAAGCCCCGACAUCGCCACCACCAUAGUCAACAUUCCCCACCCGUCCGUCAUCUCCGCUCCGCUCCUCAAGUCGCUGCACUCCACUGCCCCGGCUGUGCUGACUGCGCCUGCGCCCACCCAACCCGUGGCCAAGAAAAAGGGUGUGAAGCGGAAAGCAGACACCACCACCCCCACCACCACCGCCAUCAUAGCCACCAGCGGUGAAUCCUCCCCGUCAGCCACGCUGCUGGAGGCCAAGGCGGCCAAAAUCCCUGCACGGCGCGAGAGUGGCCGCCCCAUCAAACCCCCCAAGAAGGACUUGCCGGAUUCCCAGCAGCAUCAGACCUCCAAAAAGGGCAAAUUGUCGGAGCAGCUCAAAUACUGCAAUGGGAUUCUGAAGGAGCUGCUCUCCAAGAAGCACGCUGCCUACGCAUGGCCCUUCUACAAGCCGGUCGAUGCCUCGGCGCUGGGGCUGCACGAUUACCACGAGAUCAUCAAACACCCCAUGGACCUCAGCACCAUCAAGCGGAAGAUGGAGAACCGGGACUACCAUGACGCACAGGAGUUUGCCGCUGAUGUCCGGUUAAUGUUCUCCAACUGCUACAAAUACAACCCUCCCGACCACGAUGUGGUGGCCAUGGCCCGCAAGCUGCAGGAUGUCUUUGAGUUCAGCUACGCCAAGAUGCCUGAUGAGCCGCAGGACGCCAGCCCACCCUCAGUGUCUGCCCCACUGCUUGGAGCCCUCUCCAAAUCCUCCUCCGAGGAAUCCUCCAGCGAUGAGGAUGAUGAAGAUGAAGAUGAUGAGGAUGAUGAUGAGGAUGAGAGCAGUAGUGAGAGCUCAUCAGAGAGCGAGGAGAGCUCUGACUCGGAAGAGGAACGUGCCAACCGCCUGGCAGAGCUGCAGGAGCAGCUGCGGGCCGUGCACGAGCAGCUGGCUGCCCUCUCACAGGGCCCCGUUUCCAAACCCAAAAAGAAGCGGGAGAAAAAGAAAAAGAAGAAAUCAGAGAAGCACAAAGGGCGAGGAGGAGAUGAAGAGAGCCGGGCGCGUCAGGCGCAGCUCCGCAAAGCCAAGAAGGGCGGCGGCGGGGGGAGCGGCGGGGGCAGCUCCAAGAACUCAAAGAAAGCAGCAAAAGCGGCGCUGCCGCCUCCGCCCGCGCUCUACGAUUCGGAAGAGGAAGAGGAGAGCAAACCGAUGACGUACGAUGAGAAGAGGCAGUUGAGCCUGGACAUCAACAAACUGCCCGGGGAGAAGCUGGGCCGUGUGGUGCACAUCAUCCAGUCCCGGGAGCCCUCACUGCGUGAUUCCAACCCCGAGGAGAUUGAGAUCGACUUCGAGACCCUCAAACCCUCCACACUGCGUGAGCUGGAGCGCUACGUGCUGUCCUGCCUGCGGAAGAAACCCCGCAAACCCUAUAGCGAGACCAUGAAGAAGCCGGUGGGGAAGACGAAAGAAGAACUGGCGCUGGAGAAGAAGCGGGAGCUGGAGAAGCGGCUGCAGGACGUCAGCGGGCAGCUCAACUCAGCCAAGAAACCCCCAAAAAAGGCCAACGAGAAGCCCGAGUCAGCACAGCAGGUGGCUGUUUCACGGCUCAGCGCCUCCAGCUCCAGCUCCGACUCCAGCAGCUCCAGUUCCAGCUCCUCGUCCUCGGACACCAGCGACUCGGAUUCGGGUUAAACCCCACAGCACCACAUGGGGCAGCAUCCCGAGCGGCUCUGCGGGACCGGGCCGGCGUGGAGCAGACUGAGAGCCCCCCAGCAGCCCAGAGGACGCCCCAUGGACUCAGCUGGGGGUCCCGGUGUGACCGGAGGCCCUCGAGCAUCCCCAGGGCAGUGUGGGGCUGUGGGGUCGGACAAGGGGGGGUCGGCGGUGCCCCCCAGCAGGUUUUACUGUUUGUUGUGUUAGGGUUGGCUUUUUUUUUUUUUUUUUCCUCCUGACUCGUGGGAUUUUUUCCAAAAAAAAAAAAAAAAAAAGGGGGGGGGGAGGAAAAAGGUUUGGGGUUUUUAAGAAAAAUUAAAAAAAAAAUCAAAAAAAAAGCGCAUUUAAAGAAGGAAAACCACCCAGCGAGGGGCUCUGCAUCCCCCUUCCCCCCCCCAUUGUAUUUGGAGGUUUUAAUUUAUUGGAGCUGCCCGGCCCCUGUACAUAAAAACCCCCCGGCACGCAGCGCCGCAUGUUCCCACUGGGGGAGGGAGGGCCACCCCUUUUUUAUGUUGACUGUAUCAUUUUUUUUCUACUUGUUUUGGUUUUUUCUUUCCCUUUUUUUUUUUUCUCCCCCCCACCCUCCUGCCCCACUGUUAGACCCUUAGAGCCGUGUUUUCAUCUUACUGUAUGUUUCCAACCUUUCGAUUCUUUAACAUGUAAAUAAAGAAAAUAUUAUUCGAGUUGA